CAGUUUAAAACAGACCCGUACACUCACACACUCUCUCAACCAUACCAGUAGAGGGCUCUCUCUCUCUCUCUCUCUCUCUCUCUCUCUCUCUCUCCCCCCUUCUCUGUCUCUGGCUAUUGCCUGAAUCUUCCCGGAACUCUCAUGGCUCCAAAUAAGGAUCAGCCCACCAAAAGGAUUACGACGAAAGGACCAUGGACAGCUGAAGAAGACCAAAAGCUGGCUCAAUUUAUUGAAGUUCAUGGUGCAAAGAAGUGGAAGCUAGUUGCAAUAAAAGCAGGUUUGAAUCGUUGUGGGAAGAGUUGCAGGUUGAGAUGGUUGAAUUAUCUAAGACCCAACAUCAAAAGAGGCAAUAUCUCAGACCAAGAAGAGGACUUGAUACUUAGGCUCCAUAAACUACUGGGAAACAGGUGGUCUUUGAUUGCUGGAAGGCUACCAGGUAGAACUGAUAAUGAAAUCAAGAACUAUUGGAAUUCUCAUAUGAGCAAGAAAGUAAACCAGAAGCAGAAAGAGACACAAGUUUCAAUGACACAAAACUCCCAACUGGAAAAAGAAGAAAGUGAAGAUUCGAAGACUUCUUUUAAUACAGAUGAGUUAUUUGAAGCAGACAAGCUCUUCAGUCCCAAAAGUGAAAGGCUUUUGAACUUGGAAACAGGUAGUGAAUUCCAUGGUGACCCUGAGAAUCAUUUUAACUUGGAAGAGUUAUUUGAUUUCUCAAAUGAAGCAUCUUCUAGUUUGGAGUGGGUGAGGAAAUUUCUUGAACAUGACCAGAGCAGCUUCUAUGAAUUUUCAUGAUCUAACUCCCCAAGAAUCAUGUGGUUCUGUCAUGAAUCUGUGUUAUUCUUUUUCAAACUUCUCUAAUUAAUGGAUUUAAUCCACGAAAGUCUACUUGUAAGAAACCAAUGAGUGUAAGAGAGUGUUGAGAGUUAUUUUCUUUUCCUUGAUAUAAGACAAAUGUAAUAAAAACUCUCUGGUUCAUUAACCAGAAUCCAAACAA